AUGUCGUCUCUUCUGAGGGAGGAGAUGCAAAGAGUUUUAUUCCGACCUGCAAAACAGAGACUAAUGGAAUUCAUUGAGAUUGAGGAACCAGAAUAUGGAAGACAUUUCCUCUGCGUCUCAAUUGCAAAUAGAAAAAGGCUUGUGCAGUUAAGCAUAGUGCGCUGCCAGAUGACACAGACUUCCUUUAAGUCUGGAUCCAAGAGCCACACCAAGCGCUCCAGCAUCCAGGAGUGCUACAGGAGGACAGAAAUCUGGUCCCUGAAGGACCUGACUCUGGUAGAUGGACGAGACCCCGAUGUGGAUGACCCAUAUUUCCUGCUCCACUUUGACAAGGUGCGUACAGUGCGCGCCGUCAGCUGCUCGGCCAAAUAUGCUUUUGUGCGUGCUCUGGUUGCUCUCAAUGAGCAGCAUGGUCAGAGGUCACUGAACCUGGACAACUUUGACUGGGCCUACAUCAAGCCUACAUCCUUUUACUCCAACAGAGGAGACUGUAUGGUGCUAUCACAGAUAUGCUUCAUUGCGUUCAACUUGGUAUGUCUGUCCAUGUGUCCUGUGCCCCUGGAAGCAUAA